UCUAACUUCAAACUAUUGGGAUGGUUGAAAUGACAGCCUUCCUUUAAUAAAAUGUGAAUGUCUUUGUAUUUAAUAAAUUGAUUUAAAAAAAAAAAAAUGAGAGGAAAAAUCAGAAAUGGGAAAUGGAGAUCAUGAGAAUGGCACAUAUCAACUAAACGGCAAAAAUAUAUAUUGCAGCUUUCAGGAUGUUCCCUAUUGGCUAUUACAUAGCAUCUUCUAGCUUUGAGAUUUCUCUCUGUUAGUAUUCUUAGAAUUUACAAUCAGGUGGCAGAGUUGGCCAAUAGAGAGGCUGUGGUGAAGGAUAUUCAAUAGUUUUACAAAUGUUUGGGUUUGACAGGUAGAUGGAUGUCUUGGCAGAGUCUGGAUCCCUAGCAACCCUUGCCUGUAAGUUAUUUAUGAACAUUAGCUUGGAUAACAGGCAGCGAACUCUGAAUCUUAUACUCUUUUCUUCCUGUAUUGUUUUGGUUCCUUCAUUUCAAUGUACAAAAAAAUGAAUGGCAAGACAAAGCACAUUGUUGGUGUUUGAAAAGCAGUAGAAAUCAUGUUCUGGAAAGCAAGUAAACUUUGAAACGGGAAGCUUUUAUAGUCAAAGGUUAAGAUUCUCCUGAAUACUCUCUUGCUACAGGUUAUGAGUCUUUGGAAUAGCAUAAUGGGGAUGAUAAAAGAUUAUGUACUCUUUGAUUUGUAAUAGAAGAAAUAUGAGAUGGAAUAUACGAAGUGAUAGUCACUUGUUCAAUGAUUCUAUUGACAGAGAAGAGAAUCAAGAUGGAGAAAGCAAUGCAGGUAUUUGAGGCCAAAGAAGAGUACUUCAUCCAGAAUGGAGCAAUCUUACUAGAGAAGCAAAUCUCCUGCAACCAAGGUAGAGAUAUAGAGACAAUUGGGGUUUUCUUUGCCAAGGACAUUCAACAAGCUGAAAAUAACUAUGAUCCUGAUCUAAUACUUGGUGCUGAAAUUGGAACAGUCUACAAAGGAAAACUAGAUGAUCGGCAAGUUGCUAUUAAAGUUAAAGGCCCUCUUAGACUUUGGUCCUUUGAGAAGACAAUAGAUUUCUUCUUAAAUCAAGUUGCAAUAAAACAAUUGAUCAGUAACAAGAAUGUUUUCAGAAUCUAUGGUUGCUGCCUGGAAACUGAAAUUUCCAUCCUGGUUUUUGAGCUCAUCUCCAACAACACUCUUUUUGAUAAUCUCCAUGGUAAAGGCAAAUGGGUUCCUCGCCUGAUCUCAUGGCUUGACCGUGUGAGAAUUGCCGUGGAGACAUACUAUGCUAUUUGUUACAUGCAUUGUGGCAGGUCAAGACCAAUAGUACAUUUGGAUAAAUCUUUCACUGCCAAACUAUCUAAUUUUGGUUUUGUGGUUUCAAUUGCACCAGGAGAAAGACUUUUUUCAAGGUAAUUCAGUUUUGGAUAAGAGCAGCUUAUAAAAUUCAAUUAACCCUUGGUUAGCACAAUUAGUUGGUGACCACCAUUCAAUUCUUAUAAAAUUCAAGAUUUGUGGCUUUCUAGAUGAGUCAAAUGAAUAUCUUAAACGACCAGACCUGUGGUCAAUUAGCAUAAGAGCAGCUUGAGAAUACUGAAAUGUUUUAGAUUGGGUUGAUUGGAUUGAAUUGUAAUUUUAUGCGACUAUUGUUUGGCAUUUACUUUACUAGGUUGAAUUUAUUGUGUCUUCA